CUUAUCUUAGCAGCUUUCAUUUGCUAGCGUACGGAAUUCUGUGGAUCGUCGGAUUGGUUGAGAAAAAAAUCCCAACCGUUAUUUUUGCCUAACCUGAGUAAUCACUCUCCCGACUUCGCCGCACUCUCACCGUCUCUCUCGCUCGACCCGUCUCUCUCGCUCGACCCGUCUCCUCCGCCCGAACCGAAUCGACCUCUCAUCCUUCCUCUGUCCUCCCACAUCAGUGACGUCACCCAAAUCCGUCGCCUGAAUCGAGCUCUCGGUCUCAGCCCUCACUCCCCCUCGCCGCACAAGUCGAUAGUAACUUAAAAUGGCCGGUAGAGCUAACAUCCCCAAUAAGAGUUCGGCGCUCAUAGCCAUGAUUGCUGAUGAGGACACUGUAACCGGAUUUUUGCUAGCUGGAGUGGGUAACGUUGACUUGCGAAGAAAGACAAAUUAUCUUAUUGUUGAUUCAAAAACAACAGUGAAACAAAUCGAAGAUGCAUUCAAAGAGUUUAUGACAAGGGAGGACAUUGCAAUUGUCUUGAUCAGCCAAUAUGUUGCAAACAUGAUAAGGUUUCUAGUAGAUAGCUACAAUAAGCCGGUUCCCGCUAUUUUGGAAAUCCCGUCCAAGGAUCAUCCCUAUGACCCUGCACACGACUCAGUUCUUUCACGAGUGAAGUACCUCUUCAACACCGAAUCUGUGGCAUCAGGAAGGCGGUGAUCAUCUUGUCUUUCGAUAUGUUUUACCCGAGAGGUAGCCAAAAAUAAGUAUUGCUUUCGAUACUAUGUAUGUUUUUGCCAUUCUGUUCACACCAAGUUCUGUACUCCUCACUGAUGGUUGGUUGGUAUGUCUUUGUACUUAGGUUCCUUUGUUCCUAAAACCUUAUCUAUAAAAUACCAUUUCAAACUCUCUGUCAUUUUAUUCUCCUUGUAAUAAUCACCAUGUAAAAGGACAAGUCUAUUAUUUAUAUAUGUUGUCUUUUUUUGGGAA